AUGAACCGCCUGAACUUUGAGAUCGACGAUGCGGAACUACUAAGGACCUACAGUGUCUCUUCCCUGUCUCCAAAGAAAUGGGAGGAAGUGGACUAUGAUAAGGACGACCCUCUGAUAGGCGUCCUGAGUUCGAACAUCGGGGAGGGCGAACCUGAUCCAUUGGGCUUAGAUGCUGUGAUCGAUGUUAAGAGUAUGGAUGCUGGCACCAGAGCGGCCGUGCUCAUUUCGUCCAAAUCAUUCAACCCGAAGACUUUCCUAUCCACUGUGCACCCAAAUGCAACAUACCAGGACCUCGCCUCAGGCAUAUCGAGCCUCCGAGCGUCCAUCGAAUCACGUUCAGAGGCUGUCCGCGUCCUCGUGGAAGAAAAUUUCAACAGAUUUGUUGCUGUCAAAGCAUCAACCGAUGCUCUCUACGCGGAGAUGCAGGAAGGUCUCCUUGCCGAACAAGCCGAAUUUGCCUCGAAACCUCUCAAGAACCACUUGAAAUUGGCUGCGCAAAAGGCCGAUCAGGUCUUUCUUCCUGUCCUGGAGAAUGCUUUGAAAGCACAAAAGCUGCGUACUACCCUCGGGGUAUUUGAACGGUCCAAAUUCUUCUUCAGCCUUCCAGGCUCAUUAAUCGAGUCAAUCGAGGCGGGCCGUUAUGAAGCAGCUAUGCGAGACUACAAGAAGGGAAAGUUCCUACUCGAGUCUCGACCUGGUCAACUUCUGCCAGUUGGAUCUAACAAAGACGAGCAGACGUUGAUAGUCGCGGAAAUACAGCAGAAGCGUAUUCUUAAUAAAGUGUGGAGCACAGUGGAACGGGUGAUGGGUGAAAUGCGUAAUCAACUCCUUGCAAAGUUGCAGGAACCCACACGAAGCGUGGACGAGCAGGAAAAAACAAUUGAAAUAUUAUUGGAACUCAACCCGUCAGAUGACCCUGUUUGGACUUACUUCGAUGCACAGCACAAAUAUAUCCUUCAGCAUAUGCAGGAAACGUAUACGGCCGCCGUCAGUGCGAUUCAGUCUAUUCGCGACAAAGCGCAGCCUGUGAUCGAUGGUCCAGAAACGUUGCCUUCUAUUCUAUGCGUACAGCUCCAGACGUGCAUAACCGCGCUGGAUCUAAAGCAGGGGGACACAAUUUUUGCGCAAACGGGAGGAAGCGAAGUCUGGCAGGCUAUCCUGACGAUGGUGAAGAACGUUUCAGAAGUCAUGUUGUCAUCGCUGCCGAACUUCUGGAGAAUUGCGAAGGAGUUUUUAGACGGGAAACUGAAGAAGAGCCCAACAGGGAGCGCCUCACGGCGGAGCCCAUCCCAAUGCCGGACCAUGGCACUUGAUAUCGUAAAACUUUACAUCUCUCUCCUGUCAGAAUUUUUCGUCUUCUCGGAUAGCCUCGUCCCAUCUCCUCCGGGAAGCGUUGAUACUACUCCUCCCCUUUUCCCGAAAGAUUCGAAUGCUUUUGCCACGGGGCAUCACAUGAUGAAGAUACUGGGCGAGAUCCAAGACUCCGUGAAUGAUCUGAACGCGAUGGAAAUUUCCAAUGAGGCUACAUCUAAUCUAAGGGGCCUGCUGGAGAGCGCGAGGCGGAAGUUUGAGGACGUUCUCAUCCAGGCCUGGGUGAGAGACGCCAAUAUUUUCUACUACCUGGAGGACUGGAUAGGGUCGACUGUUGACCCGUUCACGACGGUGUAUCUUGCGAAACUGCGGGCAUUCCAGAAGGAAAUGAGCACAUGCGCGUUUAAGAUUGCCGGCGGGGCGGAUCUCUCCACGUCGUCUCUCUCCGUGUCGCGCUCAGGCAAGCGGAAAGGCGUCGCUCCCGAGCUCACCAGCAGAAUCACAAAGGCGUUCCUCGAUUCCCUUUUCGCCGUUCUUGAUGGACUCGUGCAUCUCGCCUCCGAUGAUUCACCCACGGUUACUAACCCCCAACCCACGGUAUCGGACGCGGGAAGUGCGAGAACGAACCCCUUAGAGCUUGUGAACGUUCAAGAGACGGACACCAGGCUGCUUCUCGUGGUUUCAAACAUUGACCACCUCAAACGCGCGCUGAUUCCCAGUAUGAUCGGUGAACUGGGGAGUGCGCUCGGUAUCUCCAUCGAAGAGGAUAAACGUACGCUGAUGACUAUUGUGCAAGAGCUGGACAACACCCUGUUUGAGAGCUACGUCAAACCUAAAGCGACAGCUCUUACGGCGAUGGUGCGGAGGGGAGUUCUGGACCCUGAGAUGGACUGGUAUGAGACGCCGCAGCCGAGAGAGAUCCGCCCAUACGUAUACGAGCUGCUCAUGUUCCUCGUGGGCGUCCACGCGCAAGUGAGCGCCGUGGCCGCUCCGCUGCUGGAGCGCACGCUGAACGCGCUGGUCGAAGAUGUCGCCGAAGAGUCCCUGCGCUGUUUCCGACAAGUGAAGCGCUUCGGCAUGGGCGGCAUGCUUCGGGCCACGCUAGAGAUUGAGUUCCUGCAUCAGACUCUCGUGCGCUACGUCACGCCGUCCGCCGACCAGACCAUGUCGGAUCUGUACACCAAGAUCUCGCAGGCGUACGCACGCCGCCCUGGUGACGAGAACCUGCAGGCCCAUCUGGACGGCGUCAAGAAGACGCUCGCGGACACUCGUCGGGCGACGGCCAUCGAGUUUCUGUGCUUCAAGCAGACGAAGGAUAAGACCAAGGAGAAGGGGGCUUCCGGGGCCAAGAAGGAGAAAUCGAGGGAGAAGGAGCGGGAGAAGGGAAGCUGA